GGCGGUCGCCCGAAUGGGUCAAUACGUUUGGUCUCCGCACAGACAACGUUCUGGAGUAUUUUUCGCAGUCGCCAUUUUUCGACAGAACGUCCAACAACCAGGUCCUCAAGAUGCAAAACCAGUUCACAGAUACAAACUACUACAACAAACCAUACGACCAGCUGCUGCAGGACCUGCGCAAAAUGAAAGGCGUCGAGUUUGUGAUUGCGAUGGUCCGCGAGCCGGACUUCUGGAUCAUCCGCAAACAAAACAGACUCUCUGAGAACGAGACGGUGACCAUCUCCGAUUAUUACAUAAUUGGCUCCAGCGUGUACAUGGCUCCAAUCACACACUCGAUUUUGUCGAGCCGGUUCCUUGCGAGUGUGCUGAGUCUCAGAAACGCAAGCAGCCAAUUGCAAGAUCUGCCUGCGUUCUCUCCGUCAAACGGCCACCAGUACCUGCUCCAGACUUCCGACUCCAGCGUUCCACAUCCGUACACCGACAGUGCAGCACAGAUACCGGACACAUCUGCCAACGCGUUUAGCAACCUGCUGAACUUGUCGCUGCAAAACAACGCGAUCGAGCUGGACUCGAUGCCAUCGACGGGGAUCAACGAGGCAGUGCUUAGACAGGCACAGGAGGUGCUCAUUCGUUCUGGGAAAGGCAACCCCACUGGGCUGACGGGCAUUUAUCAACAUCCCAACCCACGGCCCGUUCUGAUCAAGCUCUACAACUCGACGCUGGCGAAGCUGAAGGAGAAGUUCCCUGAGGAAAGUGUUUACCGCAAGAGUGUCGAGUCGCUGACCAAGAGCAGGCUGGCCGUUGUGGAGGCAAACGACGUGGUGGAGCAGAUCGAGCAGAAGAUCGGAUGCGGCCUGGUGGAGGAGCUGAUCAUCCAGGCAAACGAGGAGUACGAGCUGCUGCACAAGAUGGCCGAGUGGCGGGUCUGGGACGAGCUGGAGGAAAAGCCGCUUCCCGACCAAUGGGUUUACUGGGGCAAGGGAGUUUGAUGCUGCGCAAAUAGCUUCAAGUAUUUAUGAUUGGCACAGUAGAGAGCUUUUUCCGCGCAAGAAAUAUUUUUCAGCAGAUAUCUGUAUGUUACGGACUUGUUUUCCACGGCCAGUUGUGAGACCUUUUGUUCGGACCUAUUUGCCGCGGAAAAAACCCAGCAUGUUCAAGAUCAGCGACAUUUUCAAACCAAAGGUGGAGGUCGAAAAGGACCAGCUCGAGGGGCUGACGCCCAUCAACGGCAAGUACGACCACCUGCUCCCGAUCGUGUGGAUCGACUGCGAAAUGACCGGUUUGGACCUUCUGAACGACCACAUUAUCGAGAUCUGCGCUCUGGUCACCGACAAGCAUCUCAGACUCAUCGACAACGAAGGGUUUGAGGCCGUGAUUCAUUAUUCACAAGAGCGCAUGGACCAGAUGGACGAGUGGUGCAGGACGCACCACGGCGACUCUGGGCUGACGAAGAAAGUGGUCGAGUCGUCCAACACGCUUGAAGAUGUGGAAAACCAACUUCUGGAGUACCUCAGCAAGUAUAUGUCGAAGGGCGUGGGAAUUUUGGCUGGCAAUAGCGUGCACGUUGACAGACAGUUUCUGUGCAAGGAGAUGCCGAAAAUUACAGAUUAUCUGACGUAUCGGAUUAUCGACGUGUCGUCUGUCAUGGAGAUUUGCAGAAGACACAACCCGCAGGUGAACGAGUUCAGUCCAGAAAAGGUGGGCGCGCACACUGCCCGGAGCGACAUUCUGGAGAGCAUCAACCAGCUCAAGUACUACAGAGACGUGUAUUUCAAGGGUCCAGGGGAGGUGGACUUCGGCAGCCGAAAACGGCGGCACGCGUAAGUGUUCCUUGUGUAAGAGAAAUGUAAGAAUC